AUUCACAAAUGUAUUCUAGGCAGUUCUUCGCGUUAUCAAAUUUUUACAUAUACUUUAUAUAUUGUAUAAAAUAUUGUUAGACAAAUAUAAAUAUUUUUAAAAUAAAAAACUCCCGUAGUUAAUUUAAAAUGCAAAAAUAUCAUUCAUUUUGUCAACUAAAAUAAUUGACAUAAAAUUGUUAGGUUAUCAUAAAAUGUCAUAAUAGACAAUGAUCACUUUAUUAGUAAUUGGUAGGGAAUUUUACCAGCGUUUUUUUAGAAUAUCACAAUUAUUUAUUGUUCUUUAUUAUUAGAUAUGUUUUAUUAAUAUAAUUAUUAGUAGAUUUCCGCAAUACCAAAUGGAUCAACAGACACAACUUCAAAAUGUACCUGAUAACGUAAAAGAUUUGAAAGCUCAAAUAGAUGAAUUGAUAUCGGAAAAGAAAAAGAUUCAAGAAGAAUUUAAUAUACAAAGAGCAAAGUUGAAAGAUUUGUUUUUAUUAAAUGAAGCCGAAUUGGUUAAAAGGACAGAAGAAAACGUGCAAUUGAAUCAAGAUUUGAUUAAAUUACGAAAUGAAUUAGACGAUUGCAAGAGUCAGCUUGUUGUAGAUAGUAUGACUUUAGAAUCAACUUUUGAAGUAGAAAAAAGGAAAGCAGAAGAAGAAAUUGCUUCUCUACAAAGAUUAGUUCACGAAACUGUCGAGGAAUCAAGUUCUACGAGAACUCUGUAUGAUAUGGAACUUAAAAAAUUACAAAAUUAUAUUCAACAAUUACAGAAGGAAGUUGGCGAUUUGAAAAGAGAAAAAAAUCAAUCGCCACAUCACAUAUCACAGGAACACAGUUUGGCACCUAGUCAAGUUUUCAACGUUCUAACAAAAGGAUUAAAAAAAUUAGGUGCCGAUUCGUUUUCUUCCCAAGAAAGCGUAGAAGAUUCAUUCAAAAAGACUGAAGAAGAUGCGGAGCUUCUCAAGUCCUUAGUCGAACCGUUAAAUGAUCAAAUUAAAGCUUUGAAAGAAAAACUGAGGGCUACGGACGAACAGCUUCAAAGGUGCAGGGAAUGCGGUCAUCAGCAAGAAGAGAUGAUUUAUGCGUGUGAAGAUACCUCUCCUCUUCACACAAGUUUGAAUGCAACUGCAGCUACAAAUACAUCAUUCGAGUCCCACAAACUGUCAAUAUGUGACAUGUGCAGUAAUUACGAAGCUCAGUUAGUUAGAGAACAGAAACAUUCCAAAGAAUUGGAAGCCAAAGUUGUCGCAGCUGAAAAAGCGGCCGAACGACAUAAGGAAGAUUUGCUUAAAGAAAUCGGGUUCAGGAAAGACAUGGAAGAGAAAUGGAAUGAAAAGAAAGAGGAACAUAAAAGACAGGUGGCAGAACUGACGAGAAUGACCGAAUGUACCGAACAAGAUCUGAAAGAAUUACAACAAUUUUUCAAUCAAACUUGUUCCGAAAUGAAAACGAGUCUUGGAAAAUUAACACACGAAAGGGAAAUGGUUCAUCGAGAACUAACUAGGUUACAAGAGGAGAACGAUAUGUUAGUUGGUAAAUAUACUGCGCAUUCGCAAGAACUGCAAAGCGAAAUAAUAAAUUUACCGGAUACUGUACAGGAAUUGCACGAAAUAAUUUUGAAGAAUCAACAAGACUUGAUCAUUUGUAAAAUAGGCAAAGAGGCGCAAGAAACAAAAGUGAAUACGCUCCAAUCGGAAAUAAUGUUGUUGAAAGAUAGAAUAACUAACGAUCAACAUGAACGUAAAGGAAUAGAAGACAGUUUAGAACACGAAAUCAAAACUUUGAGGAAACUAGUGGAUGUAAUGCAUAAAGAGAAAAAACAAAUUAGUAGCAAUCAAGAGAAAUUGAUAAGUUCCGACAAUUUAAAUAGAGAAAAAUUGCAGGAGCAGAAUAAAAGGAUCGAAGAAAUGACUGAACUUAAUAAAACUUUAGAACAACAAAAUAGCGAAUUAAAAUCUAGGGUAUUCCAAUUACAACAAGAAUUAGAUAAUACAGAAGCAGUCCAACAAGAUUUUGUUAGAUUAUCACAAAGUUUACAGGUUCAAUUAGAAAAAAUUAGAGAAUCCGACACAGCGGUGCGAUGGCAACACGAAGAAGACGUCGACGACUGUCCGAAUUGCCGGCAGGUUUUCUCGUCAACGAAACGCAAACAACAUUGCAGACAUUGCGGUCAAAUUUUUUGUCAAAAUUGUUUGGUUAGAACUGUACUUUCCGGCCCCAAUAAUCGCCCGUCGAAAGUUUGCGACGUUUGUCAUACGUUGUUAGAUAAAUCCUCGGCGCCAUAUUUCAGCGAAGUACCGCCGAUGACUUGAACGGCUCAUUUUAGGAAGGUAGACGUUGAAUGUGUUUAAAAAAAUGUUUAAACCUGUAUAAAAUUAUCGAUUGUAUUUGAAAAUUGAAUAAUUACAAUUUUAAAUGAUGAAAA